UUCCCUCUCCCCCUCUCUGUUAUCCUUCUCUGGUUCAAAAUGUGAGGAUGGAAAAUUUCAUCAAAUCUCACAUUUUUAUUUAUUUUUUUGCCACCAUCCACUAAAUAAAAUAAAAAAUCCAACAAAUUUAAACCCCUCUGCUCAUUUUCUGCAACCCCAUUUCUUCCCUCCGUUUACUUGCUAAGAAAACGCAGGAAUAACAAAACUAUAAUUUUCUCAGCAACCAAACAAUCCCCAACAAAUGGAAGUGGAAGUGAAAGUCAGACUCCCAGACUCAACCUCCCACCAAAAACUCUCUACACUCCUCUCCCCAUUCCACACCAAAACCCUUCUCCAAGAAAACGUCUUCUUCGAUGGCUCCGACUCCCAACUCUCCUCCAACCUCGCCGUCCUCCGCCUCCGCUUCAUCACCGCCACCGCUCCUAACCACUGUAUCCUUUCCCUCAAGGCCCAACCCGUAAUUUCACGAGGAAUAAGCCGUGCCCAGGAGCUGGAAGAACCCAUGGACCCCACUCUCGGUCGCGCCUGCAUAGCCGAGCCAUGGCGGCUCUUGUCAGUCACUGACUCCGCCAUCGUUGAGAGAGUGAAGCAAGAGUUUGGGGUUUCUGGGUUGGUUUGCUUAGGUGGGUUUAGGAAUGUGAGGUCGGUGUAUGAUUGGCAAGGGUUAAAGAUUGAGGUGGAUGAGACUAACUUUGAUUUUGGGACGUGUUAUGAGGUGGAAUGCGAGACUGGUGAUCCUGAACGGGACAAGAAGGUGAUUGAGAGGUUUUUGGAGGAUAAUGGGAUUGGGUUUGAGUAUUCCCAGGUGUCCAAAUUCGCGGUGUUUCGGUCAGGCAAGUUGCCACUGUAACUCUGUCUCUAAUGUUUUGAAUUUGUUUUUGUUCUGUGAUGCAGUACUAAUGUAAUCAUAGGUCUUAGAAUUGGACAGGUUUUUGUUUGCUCUAAUGUGUGUGUUUGUUGAUAAUUGGAUAGUUACAACAGGGGGAGGUGAAAUUAAAUUUGAACCUGAAUGUUUUAGUUGAAAACAGCAGGAGGUGCCAGUUGAGCUAUCUUGAGGGCUUGAAUAUUUGUGUUUCCUGUUAGUGUGCGUUUGGGAAGCCAAGGAGGAAAAAAAAUUGACUUUUGAGUUUAGUUUGGUGUGUCCCACAUGAAGAAAAAGGAAGAAGAAACUUUCCUCUUCUCUAGGUUACUUUUAGCAAUAAACAAUCAACAAAGCAUAUGUAAAGUCACUAGAACUAAUGUUUUAGCUCAUGGAUAAUACAAUCUACUUAAGAUAAUGCCUUGUGAAGCAGAGGUUAUUGGUGUGAAUAUUCUUAUUUCCCUUUCAUUGGGAUCAAAGUCACUAAUGUUUGAUUAAGGUUCCUAGUAGCAAGGUGGAAAUGUUAUGCAUGUGAAGAUACUGAAAAAUGAAGAGUAUUUUGCAAGCUAUUAAAUGGGAAGUAAAAUUGAGUUGUUGCAAGAGGGAGAAUCAAAAACACAGUUCUAAACAGGGCUUCAUGCUGCUGCUGGGGGAUUCCAGUUUCUGUCCUGAAGAAGACCUCUAAUUAGAGCUCAUAUGUGCAAUGCUUAUAUCUGAGUAGGGACUUGAUUUGGGAUAAUUUGUAGAGUUUAGCAUAAUGCUAAUAAUUGCUGAGUAUGGCAUGUUGGCUCAGUUGUAUUACUGACUUCUCUGUGGUGUUUAUGCUCAAUAAAAUUUCUGCUUACUUUAAAAAAAGGAAAAAAGAAAAAAAGAAGAAAAAACAUCUGGUAGCUGAAAAGGGCGUGUGUAUCCAUCCUUUUUAUGUAUGUUCUUUCAGAUGCUUAAUGUAAGUUCAUAUUUUUCCCCUCCUAUA